UAAAAGAUGCCCAGCCUGUUUCUUCUCUGCGUCUAACCUUUUCUUGCAGGCCGACCACAGAAAUAAGACCGUCCUCAAAGACAAUUUCUAAGAUCGUGGCGGUAGAAUUCAUCGGAGAGGAGGUGGGUUAAGAUCCAACGGUGACGGAUUCAUGGAACGCGCGGGCCACUACGAUGAUGGCUCGGGCAUGGAGUUUGGAACUGCUAGUAGCAACAACCCAUGCAUAAUAAGCGAAAUAGAAGAAGAAAAUCCGAAUGAGCCAUUGGAGGCUCGGUAUCGAAUUCCGACACCAGUGGAAGGAGUCUUGGAGGAGGAUGUCUACGUCGCAGUCGGGAAGAGCAGCUCGAGCAUGGACGCGCUCGUGUGGACGCUGAAGAACGACGUUACUCCGGCAACGUUCGUUUACCUUGUUCAUGUCUUCCCUCAGGUGCACCAUAUUCCUACUCCAUUGGGAAAGAUGCCCAGGAACCAAGUUACACCAGCACAAGUGGAGAGUUACUUGAGCCAAGAACGAGACAAGAGGCGAGUCAUGCUCCAGAAGUUGUUGAAUCUCUGCGCUACUUCCAAGGUACAAGUGGACACCGUUCUCAUCGAGAGCAAUCUCAUAGAGAAAGCGAUUGUCGACCUCAUUCCUGUUCUCAACAUUCGAAAGCUAGUAUUGGGGACAACCAAAUCUAAUAUCAGGAAGGGAAGUGGAAAAGCAAGAUACGUACAGAAGAACGCUCCUGGUUCCUGCAAAGUUAAAAUCAUAUGCGAAGGGAAGGAAGUGAUCGAACAGAUGAACUCUCCUCCAUCUUCACCUCUCGAUGAAACCGACGGCUCUAAAGUUCAAAGCAGUUUGCAAGGUGAUGAGGGAAGUGGGCCUAUUUCUUGUACUUGCUUUUCAACCAAGUUCAUCUGAUUGUGGACCAUGGUCUAUGUCCCUCACAA